GGGCGCUUGACGCGGAAGGCGGCGGCGUCCGGUGCCAGCCUCCCCGGGGAGCGGGCUGUCUGCGACCGGGCUCCCCGCGCCCCUGCCUCCCAAGCCCGCGUGCUCUCAGAGGACGCCCGGACAGAUUGAAGCCAUGGCCAUUCUUUUUGCUGUUGUUGCCAGGGGAACCACUAUCCUUGCCAAACAUGCUUGGUGUGGAGGAAAUUUCCUGGAAGUGACAGAGCAGAUUCUGGCUAAGAUACCGUCUGAAAAUAACAAACUAACUUACUCACAUGGCAACUAUUUGUUUCAUUACAUCUGCCAAGACAGGAUUGUUUAUCUUUGUAUCACUGAUGAUGAUUUUGAACGUUCCCGGGCAUUUAAUUUUUUAAAUGAGAUAAAGAAGAGGUUCCAGACUACAUAUGGUUCAAGAGCACAGACCGCACUUCCAUAUGCCAUGAACAGUGAGUUCUCAAGUGUCUUGGCUGCACAGCUGAAGCAUCACUCUGAGAAUAAGGGCCUAGACAAAGUGGUGGAGACUCAAGCCCAAGUGGAUGAACUGAAAGGAAUCAUGGUCCGAAAUAUAGAUCUGGUAGCUCAGCGAGGAGAAAGAUUGGAAUUAUUGAUAGAUAAAACAGAAAAUCUUGUGGAUUCGUCUGUCACCUUUAAAACGACCAGCAGAAAUCUUGCCCGAUCCAUGUGUAUGAAGAAUCUCAAGCUCACUAUCAUCAUCAUCGUCGUAUCAAUCGUGUUCAUCUAUAUCAUUGUGUCACCUCUCUGUGGUGGAUUUACAUGGCCAAACUGUGUGAAGAAAUAAAAAAAGAAAAAGUUAUCGUUAACCAAGGAUAUCAGAGAACAAGGAGUUAAAAGCAAUUCAUGUGACUCAAGCCUUUUAAUACUGCCAGAUGAUGUCUGUCGGUCUCAGCAACCCUCUUCUUUCUCUUUUUGUAAUCUUGUUCUAUGCCACCAAAUUUAUCUCUGUCCUAUCCACCAAUUUAUUCCAGUGCACUUCAGAUUGAACCAUUUAUUGCAGUAGUUGCCUUAAAAAGGCAUUUUGCUUGUUCCUUUGGUUUGUUGUUAGUGUCAUCUACUUUGGGAAACAUUUCUGUUUGUGGUUGCAUACAACUAUCACCAGGGUAGAAACCACCAGUCUUAGGAGCUGUCUGCUAAAACUAUGGAGGAAAUUUAUAUGUGCACACAGAAGUAUUCAAGAGAUAGCUAGUAUUGCUAAGGACUUAUCUUAAUGUCUUUUGUUGUUGUGGAAGAGUUUUAGGUGCUUCAAAACAAUGUAAAUGGAGAAUUGUAAUAAAUUGUUGGUGCUGCUUGUUUCUAGGAGCCUGAGCAGGUAAAGUAUUAAAUAUCUCUGUCAGAUGGGGUACAUUUUGCUGGCCCAUAAGAAGAGGCACAUGAAUUAUCCUUGUCCUCCCACUGUUGACUUUCAGGAAUAAAGUUGUGACUUCUCACCAGCCUCACAUUGCUUGAUAUCUGCUUUCCCUGUCAACAGUUGAGUUGAGCAGAUGAUGGCUUAAAUGCUGUUUAAGGUGGUUCUUUUUAUAUUAAUUUUGCUUCAGUGGCUAUUUAGGGCAAUUAUAUAGUUAAUGGAAUGGAUAGUGGAGGGAGUGAGGAGGCACAUUCCUCUGGCUCACCAAAGAUAACGAAGAGAAUCAUAGUGGAUAUGUGUUAGUGUUGUAGCUGUAUGAAGGGAUGUGGUGUGGGGAAUUUUCCCAGUCUUGGAAAACCCAAAAUUGAACGUAGUCAAGAGUCAACUCUAGGAUUUGGGUUUGAGAAUAAUAGUUUGAACAUCCUUUGUGGUUUAAUAAAUUCUUUGAUCUGCCCAGUUUUGAAGAAGCCUUUUGUGUAACUCGAGGAUGGACAGUUAAACUGUGUGUAAUCAUACUACUUGUAACACAUGCAAAUACAUACUUUGGGCACAUUUCUGAAAGGAAGACAUUUGCUGCCCUAGAUAAAAUUGCAUUUAUUUAUCAGUAAGUGCCAGUAAAUGGAAAUCAUAUUAGUUGACUAUAUUCCCAGUGAAAGAACAGUUUGCCUAUGAAACCUACCCACCUGUUUAGCCUAGUCAUGUGCCUUGAAAUAUAUGUGUCACAUUAUCUGGCUCUGCUACCUGGUUCAUUUAUUUGACAUAUUUCAGUCCUGUUGGAACUCUUCCUGCUGAUCCUAGCACAAAUGUUUUUCUGCCCCCCCCCUUAUCAACACUAAUACCUUUUAAUUACAUCAAUAUUUCCUACUGGAAAAGAUAUUUGUUCCCAGAAAGCAUUUGGCAGUCUGGAAUAGUGAUUUCCAAACGUCUUUAAUCCAAAAAAAAAAAAUGACUUAAAAGAUUAUUUCCCUUUCUUAUACACACCUGAAUAAAAUUGAUGUGCAUGUUUUAAGGAUCAAGUACUUUCUCAUCCUUUAGUAUAUUUAUGUAUAAGAAUGCUUUUUAAAGCACAUGUCUUGUUUUAAAUGACUUAAAACUGAAAGCAUUAAUAAAACUUAAGAGUAAUAGGGGCCUCCCUGGUGGCACAGGGGGUUGGGACGCAAUCUAUGAAGCUGUCCGCAGCCAUUGCAGCACGAGUUCAAUCCCCAGCCAGGGAGGUGACCCACAUGGCGCAGCAGACCUCUCCUGACUCGCCUGCUGCUCCCCUCAGCAGUGUAUUUCAGUGGAUCUGCCUGUUCUGCUCCCCACUCUGUCUCUGGUGAAUCCUCUCACCCCCUGCACCUCUGGCCUGUGCCCCAGUUCUUGUAUGCAUAAAUAAAUAAAUCUUUAAAAAAAACU